AUGUAUUAAGUGUUCAAAGAAUAACACAAUGGGAAACUAAUUUCUACUUAAAAUGGAUACAAGGUUCGAAGAAUUAUGAAUAACAAUUUUCAAUCAACUAAAUAAUUCAACCAUAUAAACUAUUUAAUGUUUGAAUCCUGUAUGGAGCACUGAUUGAAUAAAUUUGAUUUGAUUUAAUUUAAAUAAAAACCGGGAAUAUUUUGAUAAUUUGGAUGUAGUUAUGGAGUUAAAUACUCAUUACGGGGAUUCAGACACAGCAAAAGAAAUUUAUACUGAGCUUGCGUCGGGAGAUAAUAGGACUGAACAAGGCAGAAUUUACGAUACUCUUCAACAUGGUACAGGAGAGCUUGCAGAUAAAACUACACCUUCAGCCAAGAAGUGUGCAUGGUGUACCCUCGUACAUGUCGUACAUUCAAUUUUAAUUGGACUGUUGAUUAUUGCAGUAUCUGUUUCUUUAUACAUGAGUACAAACGUUUCAAAAGGGGCAACGGUAACUGGUAUUUGGACAAACUGGUCAGACUGGUCGCCUUGUAACGCCAAAUGUGGACAAGGAUUCAAAUGGAGGAUUCGAUCAUGCACAAUCGUUUCGCCGGAAGAUAUUGGCUUUGACUGUAACGGUAAUGGUACAGAAACAGUUCAGUGUCAAAACAGCGAGUGCUCUGGUAAGUCGCCUAAUACAAUGAUUAUCUAAUUGUGUGAAAAUGAUAAACAAAUUGAUAAUUACAAGUGAUAAUUACAUGUGAAACAUUGGCGUUGAAU